AUACAGAUUUAUCAAGACUCAUUUGAGCAGCGAUUUUUGGAGGAGACAAAUCGCCUGUAUGCUGCAGAAGGCCAGAGGUUAAUGCAAGAGCGAGAGGUGCCAGAAUACCUCCACCAUGUGAACAAACGCUUAGAGGAGGAAGCAGACAGAGUGAUUACAUACUUGGAUCAGAGCACACAAAAACCGCUUAUUGCCACUGUGGAAAAGCAGCUACUUGGUGAACACCUCACGGCUACACUGCAAAAAGGGCUGACUCACCUACUUGAUGAGAACAGAAUCCAGGAUCUGUCUCUUCUCUACCAACUCUUCAGUCGAGUGCGAGGCGGUGUACAGGUCCUCCUCCAGCACUGGAUAGAAUAUAUAAAGGCUUUUGGUAGCACAAUUGUAAUCAAUCCUGAAAAAGACAAGACAAUGGUGCAAGAGCUACUGGACUUUAAGGACAAAGUGGACCACAUCAUUGAUGUCUGCUUCAUGAAGAAUGAGAAGUUUGUCAAUGCCAUGAAAGAAGCCUUUGAAACAUUUAUCAACAAACGACCAAACAAGCCAGCUGAACUUAUAGCAAAACAUGUAGAUUCAAAACUCAGAGCUGGAAACAAAGAGGCAACUGAUGAGGAGCUUGAGAAGAUGCUGGAUAAGAUUAUGAUAAUCUUUAGAUUCAUUUAUGGAAAAGAUGUUUUUGAAGCCUUUUAUAAGAAGGAUUUAGCAAAAAGGUUAUUAGUUGGAAAAAGUGCCUCUGUGGAUGCUGAGAAAUCAAUGUUGUCAAAGCUGAAACAUGAAUGUGGAGCAGCAUUUACAAGCAAGCUGGAAGGAAUGUUUAAAGAUAUGGAGCUCUCUAAAGACAUCAUGGUGCAAUUCAAACAGUACAUGCAGUGCCAAAAUAUUCCUGGCAACAUUGAACUUACAGUGAACAUCCUCACUAUGGGUUAUUGGCCAACAUAUGUGCCAAUGGAAGUACACCUCCCCCUGAGGUCUAUGGUGAAAUUGCAGGAAAUCUUUAAAACCUUUUACCUGGGCAAACACAGUGGCAGGAAGCUACAGUGGCAAUCCACUCUUGGACAUUGUGUUCUGAAAGCUGAAUUCAAGGAGGGAAAGAAGGAGCUGCAAGUGUCACUUUUCCAAACAUUAGUACUUUUGAUGUUUAAUGAAGGAGAGGAAUUCACUUUGGAAGAAAUAAAAUUGGCAACUGGAAUAGAGGACAGUGAGUUGCGUCGGACUUUACAGUCACUAGCAUGUGGAAAAGCCCGUGUCCUUACUAAAAUCCCAAAGAGCAAAGAUGUGGAGGAUGGAGACAAGUUUUCCUGCAACGAUGACUUCAGACACAAACUGUUCAGGAUAAAAAUAAACCAGAUCCAGAUGAAAGAAACUGUGGAGGAGCAGGCAAGUACAACAGAGAGAGUGUUCCAGGAUCGACAGUAUCAGAUCGAUGCAGCCAUUGUGAGAAUCAUGAAAAUGCGUAAGACUCUGAGCCAUAAUCUCUUAAUGUCUGAAGUCUACAACCAGCUCAAGUUCCCAGUCAAGCCUGCUGAUUUGAAGAAGAGGAUAGAGUCUCUUAUUGACAGGGACUAUAUGGAACGUGACAAGGAAAACUCCAACCAAUACAACUACGUGGCUUAGGAUAAAACACUGAAAAGCGAUAGAUUCAACCCUUACCACCUAAAGCUGUUCUCAAACAUCGGUCUCCAAAUCUUUUUCCUCAGCUGGAAAAUAAAGGUUAUCACCUCAACAAUGUGACCGACCAACUGAAUGGAUACAGCUUUUGCCAGGAGUUUAGUGGUCCUGCAGACUGCAUGCCCACUGAAAAGUGAAAAGUGUCCACAAUUCUCAGUGCCUCUGAGAGAAUACUUUGAACAGACAAAGACACACAGAUGUUUCAUUUGCUCUUUUGGAGGGGAAAAUAUUUAUUUUGUAUCUUUAGAUCUUAUUAAUUGUAUGCUCUUGGGUCACUUUUUGUUUGGGUCACUCUGCAUCAACAAAAUACUGAUACAUCUAACAAUGCUCUUAUUGUCCCUCACUUCAAAAUUAAACUUGUGCCUGUUUCCUCGAGUGGUGUGAAAUGUACAGCAAUUGAAUGCAUAUUUGUUUAAGUUUGUUGGUUUGCAUUGACUCAAAGAUGUGAACUAAGUAACUUAAAACAUGGCCUAUAAUUAUGAUGAAUGCCCGAGCUAUGUGCCAAAAGAUGCACUUGUAGAUUGGAUUGCACUGCCUAAUUGAGUUCACGAAUUUACAUUUAGUAUUCUAUACAGCUUUAUGCAGUGCUAAACGUAUGUUUAUUUUUUGUUUGUUUUUUUAGUUUUUGUAAGCACAAGAACGGUGCCCCCCCCCCGUACCACUUGUGUCAAACAACGGAAACACUGAAAGUCACUCAGUGCGGAGUGCUGAUUUCGUUUAAUGUGGGCAGAAAAGUAUAACUGGUCUUAAACGAUGGAUUACUCUAUUCCAAUGUUUCAGUCUGGUAGGUUUAUUGCUUCAGAUUAAAAGAUCUGAUUUAA